AUGGUUGUGUUGCUCUACAUCUGUCUGCUGCUUGUCUCGUGCGCCUUUGCUCAAUCGAUCGCUCCUGCACUUAGUAGCUCGAACUCUUGUGUCAAGCGGAGUGUCAUCGUUUACACGUCUGAUUCAUCGACUUAUCUGGUAACUGAUGUCGGCACCUCGAGUUUUCCAUCGACACCAACAUAUUGUGCUAAUGCUUCUGUCUCUACUGUCAUAACCACACAACAAGCCUCGACAGUGACUAUUUAUUCGCAAACGACCUUGACACAAGCUUCUUGUACCAAUACUUCUAUUUCUACUAUUGUGGCUACGCAACCGGCCUCGACGGUAACUGUCUAUUCACAAGCACCGUCGGCUCAGCAAUCAGCGACACCUGUUGAUCCUGUGCUCGCCAACAACAGUUUCGAAGACGUCGCAGCUAGCCCAUUCAACUUCUCUGCUUCUUCAACAUCCAUUACAGCCGAGGUGGCCCAGGAUGGUAUUUACGAGCCUCACUCAGGAGACAGCUACCUGUAUGUUGGUAGUACUAGACAUCCGAACUAG